AUGUCACUUUUUAAGAAGACUUAUGGGUCCAAUAUCAAGUAUCACCAUGCCCGUAGAGGGAAAGAAGCCGUAUUUGAAGAAAAAUUUGGCGAUGACGAGAAGUCGUAUAGCGAUUUAAAUUGGUAUGUCAAAGCCACUGAGAAAACUAAUCCUGAUAGCUAUGUGAAAUUUGAAGUAGAUCAAGCAACCGGAAGAUUUCAGCGUAUUUUCAUUUGUUUCAGUGCUUGCAAGCAUAGUUAUAGGUAUCUCAGGCCCAUGAUUUACUUGGACGCUACUUUCCUUACUGGUAGAUUCAGGGGUACUUUGAUGGCUGCAACAUGUAUCAAUGGAAAUGAUGGUUUUUACCCAUUUUCCUUUGUUCUUGUGUCUGCUGAAAACAAAGAUAAUUGGUUUUGGUUUCUUGAUAAUCUUAAACAAGUGGUCGAUCGUCGUCCGAUUGUUUUCCUUGGUGAUGCGAAUUUCAAGGCCGCUAUUGAUUUGUUUUACAAAGAUGGUUACUCUUACACAUCAGCUAACUUUGAAGAAGCUUUGCGGGGUAUGCAUGCUAUUGGAUGUGGACAUGUUGCUAAUUAUCUCAGGACUAUUCCAAAUUUGAAGGUUAUGAAGAAGAAUUCUGAGAGAAGGGUAGAAGGUCUUGAAAAUUUCAUCACUAGGAUCACUCCCAUAUACGAGGCUAUACUAAAGGAAAACAUCGACAUUGGUCGUACUUGGACUGUUGUUGAAUCCAUGGAAAGAUUGUGGCGAGUAAAUGGUUUUCCUUGCACACAUGCUUGUGCUGCCAUUCAAGCUACGAGGGAGGACAUUUAUUCAUUUGUUGAGCCAUACUUCACCACUGAAUGGUACAACAAUACAUACCAGGAGAUCAUCUUUCCAAUCCCCAAUUAUGACAAGCUGCAGUCUUAUGAUCCUAGUGAUAGGGUUAUUGUUCCUAUUCCUGUUCCUCCACCUGGUAGAAGAAGAGCACAGCGCUUCAAGAAUGCUUGGGAGAAGCAAAAUAGGCCUAUGAUGUGCACAAAGUGCUUCACCCUUGGUCACCACAACAGAGCUACCUUCCCCAUGAUUUGA